CAGUUUUUGUAAAAAAAAAAGGAAUUAAUUUUAAGAUUAUCUGUAAAAUGGUGGGAAAUAAAACAAAGAAGCUGGUUGUUUUACUACUUGGGCUGGAUUUGGCUAUAUUACUGCGAAUAAUUAUAUAUUUUUCCUUUAGAUACAGUAGCUUUAAAAUCACUACUGAUGUAAUUAGCUAUUUUUGUGGUCUGACAAGUACCAUUUUCAUUAUUAAAAUCCUUUUUUGGGUUAGCAUUAGCUUUCUUUCUUUGACUGCUGAUUGGAUUGUUGUAGGGUAUAUCCCGGUGCUAGUGUACGUCCUAAAUUGGACGUAUUUCACAUUUUCACAGCGACUACAGCUCCUGAAAAAAAACUAUGAAUUAUACAUGGAUGGGAUAUCACAAAAGUGGCUGAACAACUUUAAUUACAAUGCGACGGAUAUGUCUGUUCUUGAAAAGACGCUACAAUGCUGUGGAUUGGAAGGCCCCCGAUCCUAUAUGAGUUAUCUAAGGACGGUUCCGAAACACUGCUUUAAUCCCGAGCUAAUUACUCUUGGUUGUAGUUAUUUUAUUGAGAACACAUUUUAUCCAAUGCAAGAAGCAGGUAUCUUAGUGUUUAGAUUGACUUUAUUUGUCGAACUGAUCAUUUUGUCUUUUUAUACACUUAAGGUGUAUAAAAAGAUAAUAGGUUCGAUAGGAAAACACAAAAAACAAAUUUUUAGUCCACAUUGUUCGUAAAUAAAAUUACAAAAAUUGUUUAUACUAUUAGCUUAAAAACUGA